AUGUUAUUAUUAAGCUUUACAAGUGCAGGAAAAAAUAUACUAUAUACAAUGUACUCAGAUUUCGAUUUUAAUACUUUAGCUUCAUUGCAAUAUGUUUGUAAUUAUUUAUUUGGGCCAUUGAUGUUGCUUUUGGUAGAUAAAAUAAUCGAAUCCUUUAGCUUCAAAAAAAUAUUUCUGAUUAGUUCGUUUAACUUAAACAUUUUUUUAUUAGGAGGAUUAUUGGUGGCAAAGUGCUAAGAAUCAUGUUCAGUUUCCUUAGUUGAGACUAUUACUGUGAUUUCAUCGUUAAUUGCUGGUGUUCUUCAAACAGUCUUUUAUGUUUCUUUCGUAGCUUAUAUCAAUUUUAUGUGCAACAAUUCAAACAGGGAAUUAUUUUUCGGAAUAAGUUUCUCUUUUACUAGUAUGUCAAACAUAUUAUCAAAUAUAAUUGGCUAUUAUUUAAAACAAUAUUUUAAUUUAUUUACAUUCUAUGUAAUAAUAGUUGUAAUCUCAAUUAUUUUGCAAGCACUAUUUUUUUGCAUGAAAGACAAUCAAAUAUCAACAUAGAAAGAAAGUCGUUCAAUUGUGAAGGAAAUUCAGUAUUAAUUCCUUUCCUUGUACAAAGAAAUUACCUUUAGAAGUUAUUGUUUGUUUUUAGGAGUUCUUGUAUUCGCAGGUUUGAUGAACUCAGUAAUUUACUUGUUUUUGCCUGUUCUUGUAGAGAGACUAGGAUUUUUAGGUUAAGAUUUGUAUAAUAAAAUCUUUAUAACAUUCUUAAUAACUGGAAUUGGUUAGGUUAUUGGAGGUAUUACAGCUGGCAAGUUAAGUGAGAAAUUUAAAGAAAAUAAUGUUUUAUAUUUUAGCUUUGUUGUAAACUUUAUUGGAAUAUUGUUAGCAUAAAUUGGAAUUUCAGAAUAAAGCUUUUCACUAGUAUUGGUUGGAUGUGCCUUAAUUGGAUAUGCAGAUAGUUCAAUUUCCUCUUUGGCUCUGAUAGUGAUUACGAAGUAAAUCUCAACUAAAAUACAUGCCUUUGCUGGUUUUAAUUUAUGCUAGAGUAUUGGAUUUGGAUUAUCCUCAAUUUGGUGGGCCUUUUUUAAUAAGAAAUCAUUGACUUAUGACUUUUCUUACCUUUACAUUACUACAUCAUUGGCCCUUAUUUCAUUUGUAGUUUAUAAUUGCCAUAUCUUGAGAGAAGGAAAAACAAAAGAGAAAGAUGAUUUAAUCCCCCAAUAAUGA